AUGGCAGGAGGCAAGGGCAAGACUGGUGGUAAGACCGGCGGAAAAGCUGGCGGCGACAACUCGGGCAAAUCGCAAAAAUCGCACUCAGCAAAGGCUGGUCUACAGUUCCCUUGCGGUCGUGUCAAGCGUUUUCUCAAGUCGCAGACCCAGAACAAGAUGCGCGUCGGUGCCAAAGCCGCUGUCUACGUCACCGCAGUUCUCGAAUACCUGACCGCCGAAGUGCUCGAGUUGGCUGGCAACGCAGCCAAGGAUCUCAAAGUCAAACGUAUCACUCCUCGCCACCUUCAGCUCGCCAUUCGCGGAGACGAAGAGCUCGACACCCUCAUCCGCGCCACCAUCGCCUUUGGUGGUGUCCUACCACACAUCAACCGCGCACUCCUGCUUAAGGUCGAGCAGAAGAAGGGAAAGAAGGCGCCGGCAGAUUUGUAA